AUGGCCACCCGUCCAUCUACGGCCUUCCAGACGGGCGAAUUCCAAAAGCCGUUUAUCCCCUCCUGGCUUCUCCUGUUCCACGGGCGGGCAAACCAAGAAACCCCCCAGCACCCCACCAUGCCUCCGGCGAGCGUCUGCGAUUCAGGCGGCCGGGGCCCUGCCGCCGCCCGCCGCACCUCGCCGUCUUCCGCAGACGAUCUCCUCCAGCUGCCUGAGGGCUCCGUACCUGGCAAUGACGAUGCCGCCUGGGAGAAGAAACCCACGGCGGCGUCCCGGCCGGAGGCGGGCGCCGCGGGGGCGAAAAAACCCAUUGCUGCGUCCCAGCCGGAGACGGGCGGCAAGAAGCCGGCGUUCUCGCGGGUCUGGUCGGAGGCGGACGACGUCCGCAUCCUCGAGGCCCUCGCCGCGCACGUCGAGGUUCACGGCGCGCCGCCGGGGCGCUCCCAGCUCCGCGGCGCGCUCGCCGGCCGCGCCAUGGACAAGGCAGAGUUCACCGUGACGGAGAUUUACGAGAAGGUGCGCCGCCUCAGGACCAAGUACUGGAACAUGCGCUCCGCCGGGGUUCCGCCGGUGCCAGCAAGCGGCGGCGACGACGGCGAUGAUGACAUCCGGAAGUACGAGUUCUCAAUGUUGAUUUGGGGCAACCAGCCGGCACCGGGGCCAACACAGCCCAAGGUCCCCAAGAAAGGAGGCAGCACCAGCGCCAGUGCGGCCCCCAAGGUCGCCAAUAAAGUAGGCAGCACCAGCACCAGCACCAGCACCAAUGCGGUACCGAGCACGCGGGUACGCAGGGGUUUCGAGGACCUGCGGUGCCUGUACCCAAACCUCACGGUGGCGGUGGAGGGGAUCGUCAGCGACAUGAACGAAGACAUGCUGGGAGCGGUGCUGAAGAGGACAUUCGAGCUUAUCAGUGACGAAGAAGCGGGUGAAUUGGAUGCUAAAGUGAAGAAGCAGAGGGUUCUGGAAGCUAAGAUGACGAAGAGUCGAGCCACCAUGAGGAAUGAGGUGCUUGGGACCCUUAUCAGAUCCAUGGAUUGACAAGGCCUCAAUGGUGUAAAUAUGAUGGGAAGGUAUCUUCUUUUGUGGUACAUGAACUCUUUAGGAUGUAUAAUUACCGAGUAGUUUGUCUAGUAAGAUGAUGGUGAUCUUGUUUUGGUAUAACCAACUUAUAUAUUAGCUUUUGUUAAUGUUUGUUGCGAUGUCACUCGGGAAACA